UUAUGGAGCUACCACUUGCCCUCGUUCUGCUGUCCGGCUGUGCCUUCGGCUACGCCCAUGGACACGCCCUUCAAUUGCCAUCAGGCGUUCAAAGGUGCGAACUCAUGGACGAUAACUGCCUGCUCAGAGGGGUGGACUUCGUUUUAAAGAACUACGCCAAGAGCGGCAUCAAGGAACUGGGACUUAUCCCGCUUGAUCCGCUGCACAUCAAUAAGUUCCAAAUCGGCCGGAACCCUCACAGUCCAGUGAACAUAGAUCUAAGUUUUCGCGAUGUGGAUCUGCUGGGUCUAGGCGAUGCAGUUCCCAAAAGAGUGGGGGGAUUCUCCCUUAACCUGGGACGCUCUAUAGAGCUGGUAAUGGAAGCGCCCGAACUAGCUGUGAAAGGUCCCUACUCCGUUGAUGGCAGGGUACUUAUUUUGCCCAUUGUUGGCAAAGGAGAUGCUAAAAUCAUACUAAAGAAAAGCAGAAUUCAUGCAGUUAUCAAAUUCAAGCCCGUUUCCAAGGGUGAGCACCAAACAUUUGCCGAGGUGGUCGACGUCAAGGUGGAUGUGAGUCCAUCUCAUGUCACCUAUCACCUGGAGGGCCUCUUUAACGGACAGAAGGAACUCAGUGAUAACAUGCAUGCUCUGAUCAACGAUAACUGGCAGGAUAUAUUUAACGAACUUAAGCCGGGUAUUGGAGAAGCUUUCGGUCUGAUCGUCAAGGCAGUGCUAAGCAAAGUUUUUGGCAAAUACCCGCUGGAGCAGCUUUUCAUUGUUUCAAACUAA